GUAAAAUCUCUAUUGUAAAAAACGGAUCAGUGGAUGGCCAUUGGACUUCAGCCGUUCAGCCCCCUUUCCCCAAUAUUUAUUAGUUCAAUAGCAAUUGAAUAGAUUUUCCAAAAUAAAUAAAAUAAUCUAGAAAAUCGAUUUCACUAAAGGAAUCGGCAGCACAAAGCUCCAGACACAUGCUUGGUAAAUAAAACAACAUGAGUGUAGACCGGCGAAGAAGACAGAAGACCGGAAGCGGUAAAGGCUCAAUCUCGAAAUUGAGGAAGAAUAAAAUGGAGAAGAAGGAAGGAGGAAAAGGAAUUGAAGACCAAGGAAGUAGAUGGAAGAGACAGAAGAAAAGGGAAGAAGAAGGAAGAAGAAGACCUGGCAACUUCUCCGGGGACGAUCUGAUAUCCGGCGACGACAAGUGGUCCGACGAUAAUCAACGGCAGACGGUCGGCAAUGAACACAUGGCAUCUCAAAUCAAUACCGUCGAGAAGAAUUACUCCCGCUUAUUCUCCAACUCGCUCCAUCAUUGCAAGGACGAAGAAACUUACUGAUUCACCGCAUAAAUGACGGGAACAAGAUGGGGACAAGACUUCCUGUAGCUGCUCCGAUCUGGACUUGCGAUUUCUCUUGUCCAGGGGUAUUUUUGUCUUCCCGUUCAAAUUAAGUCUUAUUUAGGAGUUAAAAACUUCUAACUCUUAUUUUCAUUCCCCGUCAUUGAUUUACUCCUAUUUGAAUCUUAUUCCCUUGUUUUAUUCAUAGCCUAUUAAUUAUUGGAAAUGAGGGUGCAAUACAACGGGAAUGUUUAUAUGUGCAUGUAUGUCGGAUCGAAGUGGUAAUAUAUUAAUUAUUACGUGGCGAGAUAGGAUUGAAUGUAACUAGCAAAACAAAUACUAUGUGGAGUGCUUG